ACAACAAACAACAGCGCCCGAGCCCGAACCCGAACCCGAACCGGAGCCGGAGCCGGAGCCGGAGCCAGAGCCAGAGGAGGACCCAGAGGAGGAGAUCAAACCAGAGCCAGAAGACCCUGAGCAAGAAGUCCAACCACAAAAUUUCAUUGAUUUGGUUAUGGAUUCCGAGCCUGAGUCAUGCAUUACUUCGGAUGAUGAGACGUUCCAUCGCUAUAAACCCCCAACUAUCGAUGGCAAGUUAGACCCACUAGCAGCUGAAGAAUGGAUAAGAGGAAUGGAGCGAAUCUUCAAACAUCUAUCUUGCACUGAUGCUCAAAAGGUGCUAUGUGCAGAAUUUAUGUUGGUUGACACGGCAGGCCAUUGGUGGGAGUCAGCAUCUCGCACUAGAACAGAAGCACAACAACCUGCUCUGACUUGGAUGCAAUUUAAGGAGGAAAUGAUGGGAAAAUACUUCCCACAAGCCCUGAGGGAUUGCAAGGAGACAGAAUUCCUUCAACUCAGACAGGGAAAGAUGAAACUUGAAGAAUAUGAAAGAAAAUUCGAACAACUCUCAAGAUAUGCACCACACCUAGUGGAUACUGAAGCAAAGAAAGCAAGGACGUUCGAACUAGGAUUGCAUCCUGAGAUUGGUGGAAUAAUGGCGUCCCACUAA